AAUGCUCUUGUGCUCGCGCCAUUCUCUUGGCGGAGCACUCAGUGCGCUGCAAGCGCUCCGAAACCGCGUGUUGACUUUACUACUUUCGAUUGGAGAACCGAAAAUGUUCGCGGAAGCAUUGCAGAUUAUAAAUUUAAAAAUAACACGGCGGCGAUUUUAAGGAAAUUUUCAUCGAGUUCGCGUGACCUGUCUGUUUAAAAGGAAGAAAACAAACGAAACCGCGACACUCGGGUGAAAUUCUGAACGAGAAUCCAGAGCCAAGUAACACCGAGGAACGUACAACGAUAAUUUUAAAACGAGACUUUUCGUCCGGUUCCAGGUGCCAAUAGAUUGACAGAAACGUCAUGACGUUUGAACGAAUGAUUUAAACAUAAAGUGUAAACGUGAUCAAAAACUGCAUCGCAGCGAAAAAGCGAUAGUCGAAUGCCAAGUGUCAGUCCUUCGAUUUUCGACGAAAGUUUCAAAGUUUGUUUGAGGAUCUCUUGAAUCAUCAGUGAAACAGCGCUUGAAAAAUCUUGCAAAGUUUAAAAAGUGUAACCCUGUGUUUGAAAAUAUUGCUCCAAGUGGAACGACGAAGCAAUGUAUUACGGGACAUCAAGAAAAAUAUUUUCUGGCGUAAAGUGAACCUGUGAUUACCAUAUGGAAUAGUUCGAUAAACGAAAAACGAAUUCGCCUAAAGUGAAAUCACAGGAUCCAAAGGGAAAAUGGUGAAAGGAAUUCGGUAGCAUGAUCUUUAUAGCAAAUAGUAGUCGCGGAGGGAGAAACUCGAUUAUCUCGACUUCGCGAACAGGAAUCAUUCUUCGAUGAUCUCGGACGAAAGUAAUACGAGAAAAAGAUCGCGCCCUCAAGAGCAAUUCAAUUGUGUAAACGCGAAACGAUUGGAAGAGAACUGCCUCGGCACUAUGAUAUUCCAAUUCCUGGAAAUUCAAACCAACAAGAAGAUGAAUUGUCGGCUAUUGUAAAACUGUAAUAUAUCACAAAUGUGUAUACGAGAGAUUUACAAAAUUUUCAUCGAGCAGAUCAAAUUGAAAUUGAUAGUUUUUCAGAACAUGCUAAAUAGCAGUUUGGAACUUUGAUAAAAUCUUCGUUAUGUUGCUAAAAUUAUUAGUUCUCGACUUUCACAAAGUCAAAAGGUAGUGAGAGUUGAAUUAAAAUGUAAGAAGAAAAAUAUUUUGCGCGUCAUGUACAAAAUUUGAAUCGAACAAAAACAAAUCCAUUCCCGAGUGAAUUUUUUUCUACAAAAAAAGCCUGUAGCAAAAGAUCAAUUGAAAUCAUACGUAUUAUUGAUUAUACACAUGUACGUGAUAAGAAAAAAAAAUACUUUUGAAAAAUCAGAAAUGGUGACAUGAAAGAAAAAAAGAAACAUUGAUGAAGAAUCGGGCGAAAAAAAGAAACGAAGAUAGCUGAAAACGAUGGAAACAAGUUUUGAAGCUUUGAACAGUACCAGGUACUACGAAGCUGACCAAUUAUUGGAAAAUUUAUCGAUUAAGGAAACUGCAGGAGAACCGCUCGAAUGUAAACAAGAAAUCAAUUCGAGCGGUUUGUUUGAUUUCAUUAUCUAUGGUGUGCUAGUAAACCUAGUCAGUAUUUUUGGAAUAUUCGGUAACGUCAUCUCAAUGAUCAUUCUGUCAAGACCACAAAUGAAAUCAUCGAUUAAUUACUUGUUAAUCGGCCUAGCCAGAUGCGAUACCAUAUUAAUUGUCAUUUCGAUAUUAAUUUAUGGUUUACCUGCAAUUUACGCGUAUACUGGCCUACUAUUCGACUAUAAGUUCAUUGUGUACCCGAAGACAGUUCGAUUCUUGUAUCCAUUAUCAUGCAUGGCGCAAAUCGCAACAGUGUAUUUGACUCUAACCGUGACACUAGAGAGAUAUAUCGCAGUGUGCCAUCCUUUAAGAGCUAGGUCCUUUUGUACGUAUGGACGAGCUCGGCUUGCUGUAUUGAUUAUCGUGAUAUUUUCCUUUGUUUACAAUCUACCAAAAUUUUGGGAAGUAGAUUAUUAUACGGAAAUUCAUUGGAAAUAUAAUGUUACUAUAUACUGCUUAUAUCCGGCGGAUUUGAGAAGCAACGAGUUGUAUGUCACCCUUUACGUCCACUGGAUGUAUUUUUUUAUUUGCUAUCUUUUUCCUUUCCUUGCUUUGGUGAUAUUCAAUGCAGCCAUCUACCAAAGGGUAAGAAAAGCAAAUAGAGAUUUGCAACAACUCUCUCGACAUCAAAGACGUGAAAUCGGACUAGCAACGAUGUUACUUUGUGUAGUUGUCGUUUUCCUAAUCUGUAAUAUUCUACCAUUGGCCUCGAACAUUCACGAGACCUUCCUCAACGAUCCACCACUUUGGUUGGUGCAGACAGGCAAUCUUCUCGUAACGAUUAAUAGUAGCAUAAAUUUCAUUAUCUACGUGAUCUUCGGUAGGAAAUUCAAAAGGAUAUUUCUGAAAUUAUUUUGUAAUUCGAGAUUAUUCGGACCUGGCAGAGAUAGUCCAGAAUUUCAAACGUAUGACGAGUCGAUCGUUACCAAUAUGACCAAUAUAGAAUUAAGGAACUCUAUCAGACAUUAUCACGUAAAUAGGUCAAAUACUAUCAGCAGAAAUAACAAUGUCUCGAAUGGUAGUAUGCGACAAAGCGUGAAAAUAUCAGGAAGACCUGCUAGUCCAGGACCUUGUGUCUAUUAUCCUGCAAGGAGUCCUGUCAGAAGUCCUAGUCAAGUGUCUAGAACGUCCACCACACAAAAUGGAUGGAGUAAAAAUGACAUGAAUUCUACACUAUAAUAAAUUUUAAAUAUGUAAU